AUGGCAAACAAGGCUUACUUGGAAUAUGCAAAGGUUGAGAAGCCUGCAGGUCAUUUAAAUUCUCCUCAGGUAGCAGAUAGAGACUCCGUCCCUCAAGUCUGGAUUGCACUUCCUACAGGUAUUAUUAAAAUAAACUAUGAUGCUGCUCUCCUGCAAGACAGUGUAAAGGGUGGUCUGGGUUUGGUUUUGAGAGACCAUGCUGGUGUUAAGAGGAAGUUUGUUUCCAUUCCCAUGUACUUCAACUCAGCUCUUCAAGGAGAAAUACUUGCUGUGCGUGCUGCUCUGCGGCUGGCUCUUGAGUUGGGUUUCACACAGGUUCAGGUUGAAACAGACUGUAGAGAGGUUGUGAAAUACAUCUUGGAUCACUCGUGUUCAGCCCCUAUUGAUUCAGCUGUGGUGAUUGGUGACAUUUGGAAGCUCUCUUCUUCCUUUUCUUCUAUUUCCUUUCAUUGUAUUUCUAGGGCUAUUAAUGGUGUUGUCGAUGCCCUAGCCAGGAAAGCCAUGUCAUUGGUGUGUUUGACAGAUUGGCCUCUUUCCACUCAGUGGCUCCAUGAGCUAUGUUCUUGUGAAGCUGCUGCUUGUACACACUCCCGUUCUAAAUAA